AUGUUUCUAAAGAGGUACAUCAACUUUCAGCUGGUGCACUCGCUACUAUAUAAACCUGUCACCACUCGCAAGACUUUAUCAUUGUCAAACAAGUAUUUCUCAACGUCAAGACCAACUUCUCAAAUAGACUCAAGCGAAAAGACCAGCCCCUUAUCCAACUUGGCAACCACCUAUAGCACGCAAACAAGAAAACAGGAUUUUCAGGAUUUUCAGGAAUUUCCGGAAUACAAGCCGUCAACAAAUAAACCUAAUGAGAAAAUAGUGUUUUGGAAAUUGUAUGCUACUUUCAAUAGACACAAUACAAGGUGCACUCUAGUUGCAGUGGUUGAAGAUCUCAACUUUAUGGAAAAUAACAAAGACUUGUCCUAUAACGAAAAAGUGCUCUACUAUUUACAAUUACCUCAUAAAGUGAAAUAUAGUGUAUCGGCAGGUAUGUUGGGCUUUAGAAAAUCGCAAAGACAAGAAUACGAAGCAGGGUUCCAAGUAGCAGCUAAAAUGUUCAAGACUAUUGAAGAGAAAAACUAUAUCGGCCCCAAUGACAAGAUUGAGUUGGUUUUAAAGAAUUUCGGUAAGGGAAGAGAAGCUUUCCAAGCUGCCUUAUUAGGUAAAGAAGGCUCAAAUGUGAAGAACAAUAUCGUUCGAAUGACAGAUGCUACUAUACUUAAAUUUGGUGGUAACAGAGCAAAGAAAUUACGUCGUUUGUAA